UUGUAUAUGGUCCUUGAAUGUUGGGUCAGGUGUGGAUCCAAGUAAAACCCCCACUCUCCUUGGCUCCUGAUCAUUGUUCCAAGGCGACUUUACACUAUCCUGGCAGCCUACAGGGGCCUUCACAUGGGAGUAAAAUUACACUUGCACUCACUCUACAGUUGCUUUAUAUUACUGGAGCAAAAAGGAAAAUGAAGUCCUAAUGUGUCAAUCUUGUAUUUAAACAUUUUUUUUUCAGUGUACCUUUGAGAAGAUGCUGCUUCCUUCUAGAGCUGCUCUUCCUUCUAUAGAGCUGUUACCCUGCUCUUUUUGUAAUUUAAUAUGUAUUGCUCCUGUAAAAUAUUUGUGCUGUCAUAAUUACAGCUGGAACUAAACAGCUACUUAGAACACACAGUUUUUUUCCAGCUUUCAAUCUGUUUAUUUUGAGUUUGUUUCCUGCACAGGUGGGAAGAAGCUGGAUGACAUUCUCUGUAAGGAAGGUGAGCAUGAGAUGGAUGUUCCCUUAUCUUGCUCCAAGGACCUUGUGUCACAGGGCAGAGACCCAUCAAAAGAAUUUUGACAGAAACUGAACAUUUUGCAGAAGCCCCUCGGAUCUGAUGUAAUUUUUGUGAGAGGGGGACUUGAUUAUAAGAUCUGUAACACAGCUACUGCUAUAGGAAUGUGGCCAGAUCUGGGUAGCCUUAAAUCAGCACUGGUCAGCCCAGGCACUCACAGGACACUACCUGAACAGCCACAGGCUACCUCCGUCACAGCAGUUAGUUACCAAAACAGCGGGGCCCAUUUUAUAAAUUGACUCAUGCAGUUUGCAGUCAAGGGCCGAGGAAUUCACUUCCAUUAACAUUGCAAAAUUUGUUUUACCAUCUUUUAAAACUUUUCUCUAUGGAUAAAAUCUAGUUAUGUUCAUCCUGCUCAAACAUGCCUUUUUACUUUGUAAUGACAGAAAUCCAGGCAUAAGUCUCCAGACAGUCAGGCAUCAGAAUACCAUGCUUUUGACUCAUUCAAACUAUUCAUCUCUAGUAUAGGCCACAGCAGCUCUUCUCAACCAGAGCGCUGUGGCCCCCUGGAAUGCCUUAAGAUCCUUUAAAUAAAGCAACAGGUGCCUUACAGUGUGAGCCCUAUUAGAUAUACAAACAUGAUUCACAAGAUAAACCCAGAGAUCCAUAGGGUCAAAAACAUUCCUACUUGUGGUCAUUUCUGGUUUUUGCAAUAAAAGAAUUGCCUGAUUAUUUUUUUGGAAUUGAGAAAAAAAAAAAGAGUGAAAACUAAGAGGCAGGAUUUUCUGAGUUCAAUAGUCUAACAGUGUCAGGAACCACCAGCCUAGAUUCUUUCAUUCUUCUUUUGCCCAGGUGCGAAGAAUUGCAGGGAGCUGUUAGCCAGAGGAUACGUGCUGAGUGGCUGGUACACCAUCUACCCCCAGGACUGCAAGGCCAUGACUGUAAUGUGUGACAUGCAUACAGAUGGUGGUGGGUGGAUUGUUUUCCAGAAACGGGUGGAUGAUUCAGUGGAUUUUUUUCGGGACUGGAAUUCAUACCAGAAAGGCUUUGGCAGCAGGCUGACAGACUUCUGGCUGGGAAAUGACAACAUUCACCUGCUGACAUCACUUGGUACCAAUGAGCUGCGCAUCGACCUCGAAGACUUUGAAAACCACAAGACUUUUGCUAAGUACAGCUCAUUCAAGAUUUCAGGAGAGUCUGACAAGUACAAGCUGACUCUAGGGGACAUGGUUGCUGGUGAUGCAGGUAGGUGGGGUACACGUGAGGGAUAAUACUGAGUAGAAACA